UUGUUGCACUACGCGCUCCUAACUUUCAAAUUCGCUCCCGAACGAACGUUACGAGACAUCAUGCUCAACAAGAAGAUUGUCUUCGCUAUUGCCGUGGUGUUGGCCAUGGUCUGCUUGGCUGAAGCUCGUGAAGACAGCCCUCAUGAUAUGGCCGAUGCUUUGCGCAUGCUGCAGGAGCUGGACCGUCUUUACACUCAAGCUGCUAGACCAAGGAUUGACCGCCGUGAUGUUGCGGAUGGGGACCGCGUCGACCCAGACUUGUUAGAUCGUGCCGUGCGGCUCCUCCAGCUGCAGAAACUAGACCGCAUUUACUCCUACCACACCCGACCAAGGUUUGGCAAACGCUCCGAUGCUUUCUCCAACUGGGCUAAGGAUCUGGAAAAGCCGGACAUACCAGCUUGGCUGGCCUAUGCCAGGAGAUGAGGGGCGCAACGUCAUCGAAUCCACGUAUAAACAUAAAAAUGUACUAUCAUAUACGCAACACUAAAUGGUUUUACAAUAGAUAAUAUUAUUUCCUUAUAUCAUGUAAUAUUCAAUCCUCGUUAACAAAAUCAAUUUCUGUUCAAUAUUUAUUUGAAUACAUUAGACCAUUACUAUUGCUUGUACUCGUUUCUCAUGUACCUUGUAUUUCUAAUCAUAUAGUUAUCGUAGUUAGAAUUAGUUAAUAACAUCAAUUGUACAAUUAUAAUUAAUC